ACGGCCUCAAUCGUGCCGAGAGAUCCAGAGCCGCGACGUCGUUUUGUCCUGCCUGAAUUGGAAAGUAGAUCUGAUCUAGAGGCAAUACAACGGCGUAAUAACAAGGAAAUGCGCGUCGGUGUUGCAAGGAAGGCGGGGAGCCCCUGUCGUCGUGGGCCGCGCGAGAGAUCCUAUUCGAUCCUCAGACAUGCCAAAACCAAAUACAGCAGGUCUCCUCUCACACUCGGGGAUGCCCGCCCACAUGUCGCAGGCACAUGUUGAAAAGGAGCCUUGAUAAUGUUUUGUUCUUGGAUGAAAGAGUCUUGGGACCCCUGGUCAUUCUUCGUACAAAUCCUAUUGGCGUACCUUUUUGUUCCCCUUGCAAUGCCUUUAUGCGACCCAAACAAUUCCUAUUUAAUAAUCGCGACCGCGCUGUAAUGAGGAUGGAUGGGUAUUGCGAUGAACUAAAGUUCACUCGGGCCAGUAUUAGAAAAUAUUUAAUUCUUGUAUAUACUUCAUAUACAUACCUCUUAAUUAUCCCCUAAUUUAUUUUCGCAUUAAUAGAAACAGUUACACAAUGCGCUACAACAUCGCUUUUUCGGCGCUUGCCCUUGCGGCAGGGUCUUUCGCAGCGGAUUGUAACGGCCAUGCUGAGCUCUGCGACAGAAAGUACAGCAAUGUCACUUUCGCGGGAGCUCACGAUUCCCCAUUCGUCGGAAAUGGACCUUCCGAUGACCAAUUUACAUCUCCGACAGAACAACUAGAUCUGGGUGUGCGAUUUUUUGAAUCGCAAACCCAUGAUAAGGACGGGACGAUCCAGCUAUGCCACACGUCGUGCAUCUUAAAAGAUGCGGGUACCCUGCAGGAUUACCUGUCUAGCAUUAAGACAUGGGUAGAUAAUCACGCAAACGAGAUUAUUACGCUACUUAUAACAAACGGCGACUCUAUCGACAUCACCAAGUAUGACGACGUAUUUAAGGCAUCUGGACUAGAUAGCUACGUCUUCACGCCCGAUGGCCAACUCGGUCUGGAUGACUGGCCGACUUUGGGAGAUUUGAUUUCGAGCGGUAAUAGAGUGGUGGUGUUCAUGGACUACCACGCCGACGUAUCUAAAGUGCCCUACAUUUUAGAUGAAUUCACGUAUUGGUUCGAAACACCGUUUUCUCCGACGGAGGACAACUUCAUUCAGUGCGAUAUUGACAGACCGUCGGGUGCUUCAGCCGAUGGCCGGAUGUUCUUAGCAAACCACAACCUCAACAUUGAGAUCCUACCGGACGUUUUAAUCCCAGACCCGCUUGACGCAGCCGACACCAACUCGAUAGCGUCAAUCACUUCUCAGACCGACAUCUGCGUGAAAAACUACGGACGCAACCCGAAUGUGGUUUUGCUUGACUUUGUGAGCGAGGGUGACACGAUAAAGGCACAGGACCAACUGAACGGAUUUUAGAUCUUUGAAAGAUGAAAUGGGAAGAUGGGGUAUUAUUUACGAUUGUGAUGAUAAUAUGUAUUAUUUAUUUGCGCCGCCAUUUGCGGACUGGUAUCUGAGGAUAUAUUGAGGGAUCAAUGUAUAUACUUUUUUGCUUUUGAGAUAGACUCGUUGCAACCGUGUCGAUACAAUUAAGAGAACUGUCUCUAGCUGAAGAUCUUGUACCCAUAUGUCAAGGAUACAUGCCACUCCGAUUGUCCACAAUGGAGGUACGUUUAUAAAAGCAAUUUAUAUGCAGCGACGCCACUUCGGAAGACAACCAGCAAGCUACAGAAACAGUGGUAAAGAAAUGAAAUAAUUGAUACGACUGGC